AGAUGAUCAAAAAAAAACUGCGUUUUAUUAACUGGCGUUUCAAUAAUAUUUACUCCGAUUAUAAACAAUGUGAAUUUCAUCAACAUCAACUUGGGAAUUCGAGGAGAAAUAGUAUCCAAGAUAUCUCCUGACAAUUGUUAUGUUGUUGUCAAAUUGACGUAGGAUUAAAUUGAAAGGAAACUUUGAGGAGAGAAUUGGUGGAAAUUUCUGUACCAUUCAAAAUGCAUUGCAAGCAAAUGAAACUGUUGGACGUGUGGCGGAUUUGCAACAAAAUCCGGUCCGCGAUCUUCCGUGUGGGAUUCAAUUUGUGGGACUACUAUCUGCCGCUGGACCCGCAUAAAAAUUGUCUGAUUUCAGAAUCUGCAUUCGUUUCGGUUCUUUCUGGAUCGUUGCGUUCGACGAUCGGCCUUUCGGACUACGAGAUUGGAGAGCUGACCGAUUAUUUCCGUGUACAGGAUGGAAGGAUUUUUUACACGCAGUUUUGCGAGGUCAUCCACGACAGCAUACCUGAGUUCUCGAAGAAUGCAAAUCUUGUGACUGGCCUGGAAUGGGAGGAUCCUCUCCACGUGAACCGUCUGAGCACCAGCGAGGAGCGAAGGCUGAGUCUUCUGAUAACGAAAAUCUCUGUUCAAGUGAACCUGAGGAAAUUGGUUCUGAGGCCAUUCUUUCAAGAUUACGAAUUGGUGGCUAAAAACAAUGGGACUGUAACAAUAGCGCAUUUUGCAAGAGUGUUGGCGUAUCUGGAUAUAACAGUAUCUUCGGACGAUUUCAAUUUGUUGGUGAAGAAGUACAUGAAAGACUCGUACACUUUGAACUAUGUGGCUUUUGUUGCCGACAUUGAGGCGACCGUGGAUUAUUUGGAGCGUCAUGGUUGCUUGGAUCUGGGAGGCGACAUCAUGAGCCAGUUUCCUGGAAGGGUCAUAAAUGCCGAGCUACCAAAACUGCCGCGUCCCGAAAUCGGUAAAAUAAUGGCGGCCAGCGUCUUCGGCAAACAAAGCAUUUUCCAUCCGGCGUUGAACGCUCCCUCGCAGCGGCAAAGCCUAUUGGAAAUCAUCAGACGGAUCCAGAGGCACGUUCUCGAGAACCGCAUCAGGAUCAGCGACUUUUUCGAAGGGUUCGAUUCACUGGGUUCAGGUAAAAUAACGGCAUCACAAUUCCAUCGCGGCUUGGACGCCGUCGGUAUAAGCGGUCUUCAGCGACUUUACAUCUCCCUACCGGAAAUCAAGACCAUUUCCAUACAGUACCAAGAUCCUAUAGAUCCGACGAGGGUUUGCUGGAAAACUUUCGCCGAUGACAUAGAUCAAGUCUUCACCGUCAAAAAUUUGGAAAGGGCGCCAAUGCUGCAAGUCGCGAGUCCGCCGAGGGAGGUAAAGGAGUUGCCUAAGAGGGGCACAAAAUCAUGGGACAACGUGAACCCAAGCAUGCGGGAUCUCUGCGAGGAAACUGUCGAAAAAGUUAAGAAUCGCAUCAUGAGAAGACGCAUCUUGCUGAAGCCAGUCUUCAGGAAUUACGACAAGCACAACAACGGUCACGUCUCUCGCUCACAGAUGCGUCAAUCCUUAUUAUCCAACGGCAUUCUACUCUCCGACGAAGAGCUUUACGCCUUGGAGGAGCGCUUCAACGAUGACAUGGGAUUCAAUUACUUCUGGUUCUUGAAAGAAGCCGAACCGAAACCGCACGAGGAGGCUCUCUUCACCGGCUUCCUCGAGGCAAUGGAAAAGGUAAACGCGGAGAAACCGUGCAAACCGGUGGACAGGAGCGAGAAGGAUAUCAUCCUUAUAUUGGCUAAGAUCAAGGGGAAGGUGGUCAGGGAACGCAUUCGGGUCAUCGAGUUUCUGCAGGAUUACGAUCUCUGCAAUCAGCAAGUUAUCAGUCGAGAGAACUUCCAGAGAGGCCUUUCCAAUUGUCGUUUCGAUUUGUCCGAAGCCGAAGUAGAAACUCUAAUGAAUGUAUUUUCAUCACCAAUGAGGCCUGGAUGUGUAGACUACAAGAGAUUCUCUGAGGUGGUGGAGGAGGCCUUCACACAGGCCUGCAUGGAGAGGGCACCUCUGCUGAUGCCUAAACAGCACGUGCCGACGAAGGAUUGCGCCAGGAACUUCUUGAACUUCGACGAGCGUCGCACCUUCUCCAUAGGCAUCCAGAAGCUUUCGAAGAAGCCUGACCUGCAGAUGAACCUGAUGUCCAUAUUUAAGGAUUACGAUCGUACUAAUUGCGGAACGAUAUCGCAAGAGCACUUCUUAAAGGCGCUGUCGCUGCGAGGAAUGUACAACCUGAUUUCCAGGACGGAAUUCGACAUGAUCUGCAAAUGCUUCAGCUUCGAGAGAGGCCUCCGCGAUGAAAUUGAUUACAGGGCUUUCAUAAAAGCUCUGGACAUUUUGUACGCAACAGACAAAUACAACCCAUUCUAAAAAUUGAAAUUAAUAUAGA